UGAAAGUGUGUCUGAGUGACAGCAGAGCUGCAGUCGAGACAAGUCCCUCCGUUUCUCUCUAAAGAAAUAUUCAACUGAAUCCAUCAGGUUUUUCUCAACAAAACAGCAGAAUCUCUGCCAAACCCUGAGUAUGGAUAUGUCUGCUGUCAGCUGUCUGCUGACUGAAGAUCAGUUUCUGUGCUCCAUCUGUCUGGAUGUGUUCACUGAUCCAGUUGCCAUACCAUGUGGACACAACUUCUGUAAAACCUGCAUCACUGAACACUGGAAUAGUAAUGUCCUGUGUCAGUGUCCCAACUGUAAAGAGGUUUUCAACACAAAACCUGAGCUGCAGGUCAACACUUUCAUCUCUGAGAUGGCUGCUCAGUUCAGACAGUCUCAACAGAAAGCCAGCAGCAGCAGCUCAGAGCAACAAGCUGCCAAACCAGGAGAAGUUCCCUGUGACGUCUGCACUGGAACCAAACUGAAGGCCCUGAAGUCCUGCCUGGUGUGUCUGGCCUCCUACUGUGAGACUCACCUGGAGCCUCAUCUGACAAUGGCAGGCCUGAAAAGACAUCAGCUGAUCGACCCUGUGGAGAACCUGGAAGGCAGGAUGUGUACGAAGCACGAUAAACUGCUGGAGCUGUUCUGUAAGACCGACCAGAUGUGUGUCUGCAUGCUCUGCACUGUUUUAGACCACAAGACACAUGAUGUUGUUCCUCUGAAAGAAGAAUAUGAAGGAAAGAAGGCCGAGCUGGGGAAGACAGAGGCUGAAACUCAGCAGAUGAUCCAGAAGAGACGACUGAAGAUUCAGGAGAUCAAACGCUCAGUGGAGCUCAGUAAGGAAGAUGCAGACAGAGAGAUAGCAGGUGGUGUUCAGGUCUUCAGCGCUCUGAAGGAGUCUGUUGAGAGAAGCCAGGCCGAGCUCAUCGACACGAUCAAAGAGAAGCAGAGAGAGACAGAGAAACAGGCUGAAGGCUUCAUCAAAGAGCUGGAACAGGAAAUCUCUGAGCUGAAGAAGAGAAGCUCUGAGGUGGAGCAGCUCUCACGCUCUGAAGACCACCUCCACCUCCUCCAAAGCCUCCCGUCCCUGAACGCUGCUCCACCCACCAAGGACUGGACAGAAGUCAGCGUCCGUCCACCUUCAUAUGAGGGGACUGUGGUGAGAGCUGUGAAGCAGCUGGAGGAGACGCUCAGUAAACAGAUGAAGAAGCUGCUUGAGGCCGAGCUGAAGAGGGUCCAGCAGUAUGCAGUGGAUGUGACACUCGAUCCUGAUACAGCACAUCCUGCUCUCAUCCUGUCUGAUGAUGGAAAACAAGUUAAACAUGUUGGUAUGAAGAAGAAUCUCCCAGACAAUCCAGAGAGAUUUGAUUAUUGUCCUAAUGUCUUAGCAAAGCAGAGUUUCUCUUCAGGAAGAUUUUACUACGAGGUUCAUGUUAAAGGGAAGACUAAGUGGGAUUUAGGAGUGGCCAGAGAGUCGAUCAACAGGAAAGGAAAAAUCACUCUGAGUCCUCAGAAAGGUUUCUGGACGAUAUGGUUGAGGAAUGAAAAUGAGUACAAAGCUCUUGCUGGCCCUGCAGUCCGUCUCUCUCUGAAGUCUCAGCCUGAGAAGGUGGGGUUGUUUGUGGAUUAUGAGGAGGGUCUGGUCUCUUUUUAUGACGUUGAUGCUGCAGCUCUUAUCUACUCCUUUACUGGCUGCUGCUUCACUAAGAAACUCUACCCAUACUUUAGUCCUUGUCUUAAUGAUGGUGGUAAAAACUCUGCCCCUCUGAUCAUCUCUCCUGUCAAUCACACUGAGUAAAACAACGCUGAUUAGAUUCUAAUCAAUGUGUUUUUUCCCUGUCUUUCUGUAAAUGUUUUCCUCACGUGUCACAGUGCUACUUACUACUACAACAAAAUUUUUUUUCACUCUGUUUUAUUUGAUCUAAUAUGGUCUAAUUUAUUCUAAUAACUGCAUUUCCUGCCUUCACGUUCAGGUUACUUUAUUUACUUUAUUUUUACCCGGUAGAUUUGUUUUGCGGAAGAUGAGUCAUCCUCCCAUUUUAGAAACAACACAGACAAUAGAUAAACAUAAUAAAACAGUUUUAAACUAUAAUAAAUGUACUCAGGUACUCCAAUCAUCACUAAAUAAAUAAAAUUAUUAAGUAAA